CGGCUGCGCCUGCGCAGAGCCGGGCGCGCUCUGCGGCGCGGUUCGCGGUGGAGGCGGCGCGAACGCUAAGGGGGCGGCGGAUGGCUCUGUGGGGCCCGGCGGGCUUGGGCCCCGGCUCCCGAAGGCCGUUGAACGAGGCGGUGACGGCUGCCGAGGGGCGCGAGGCGACGGCCCCUGCGGCGGCGGGAGCCGUGCUGGAGGACGAUGAAGAGGACGAUGGCCGCGGCCGGGGCCUGCUGCGCUGGGACGGCUUCUCGGCCUGGCUGCACUGCGUGUGUGUGGUGGGCUUCGACCUGGAGCUGGGCCAGGCCGUGGAGGUAAUUUAUCCUCAACAUUCCAAACUUACUGAUAAAGAAAAAACCAAUAUUUGCUAUUUGUCUUUUCCAGAUUCAAAUUCAGGUUGUCUUGGAGAUACCCAGUUUUGUUUUAGAUUUCGACAGUCUUCUGGGAGGAGGGUGUCACUGCAUUGUCUCCUGGAUCAAUUUGACAAAGAUUUACCAGUUUACUUAAAGAAGGACCCUGCUUACUUUUAUGGAUAUGUGUAUUUCCGUCAAGUUCGAGAUAAAACUCUAAAAAGAGGCUACUUUCAGAAGUCAUUGGUUUUGAUCAGCAAACUACCUUAUAUUCAUUUUUUUCACACUGUGCUGAAACAGAUAGCUCCAGAAUAUUUUGAAAAGAGUGAACCUUAUUUGGAAGCAGCUUGUAAUGAUGUUGAUCGAUGGCCUGCCCCAGUGCCAGGGAAAACAUUACACCUGCCUAUCAUGGGGGUGGUAAUGAAGGUACGGAUUCCCACGUGUCAUGACAAGCCUGGGACGACUCAAAUAGUGCAGUUAACUCAGCAGGCAGACACAAAUAUAUCUGUUAUUUUACCUACUGUUCAUGAGGUGGAUCUUUUCAGGUGUUUCUGCCCAGUUUUCCUUCAUAGUCAGAUGCUUUGGGAACUGGUGCUGUUGGGAGAACCCCUUGUGGUCAUGGCACCGUCACCAUCGGAGUCGUCAGAGACUGUAUUGGCACUUGUUAACUGUAUUUCUCCAUUAAAGUACUUCAGUGAUUUCCGACCUUAUUUCACUAUUCAUGAUAGUGAGUUCAAAGAAUAUACUACCCGUACUCAAGCUCCGCCCUCCGUCAUAUUAGGUGUAACCAACCCUUUUUUUGCUAAAACACUCCAGCACUGGCCACACAUUAUUCGAAUAGGAGACCUUAAACCUGCAGGUGAAAUUCCUAAGCAGGUUAAAGUGAAAAAAUUGAAGAACCUAAAGACUUUGGAUUCUAAACCUGGAGUUUAUACUUCUUAUAAGCCAUAUCUAAAUAGAGAUGAAGAGAUCAUAAAACAAUUACAGAAGGGUGUACAACAGAAACGUCCUUCUGAGGCUCAAAGUGUUAUUCUCCGACGCUAUUUUUUGGAACUGACACAAAGUUUCAUCAUUCCAUUAGAAAGAUACGUGGCAAGCUUAAUGCCUUUGCAGAAAAGUAUUUCCCCAUGGAAGAGUCCACCCCAAUUAAGACAAUUUCUUCCAGAAGAAUUUAUGAAAACACUUGAGAAAACAGGACCUCAGCUAACCUCUAGAAUAAAAGGCGAUUGGAUUGGACUUUACCGACAUUUCCUAAAGUCUCCAAAUUUUGAUGGCUGGUUUAAGACCCGACGGAAGGAAAUGACCCAAAAAUUGGAGGCACUCCAUCUAGAAGCUCUUUGUGAAGAGGACUUACUUCUCUGGAUCCAGAAACACACAGAAGUAGAAACAGUAGAUCUUGUAUUGAAGCUGAAAAAUAAACUGUUGCAGGCUGAUCGAGAGCGUUUACCUGUGAAACCUGACACUAUGGAAAAGUUACGGACACAUAUAGAUGCAAUUAUCUUAGCGUUGCCAGAGGACCUGCAAGGGAUACUGCUCAAAACAGGCAUGACAUGAUAUUUGCCAGGAUUUUCCAGCCAAAAAGAAGGACUAUGUACUAUGAAGCAUACUGACACUUCAACAAGACGCACAAAGGAGAUCUCUCGGUGGCAGCAGUGUGGAAAUAGCCGUGAAUGCUAGAUACAGGGUGGAAAGACUGUAUUGUAUCGGUGAACCGUUUUAGUGCAUUAUUUUUGGAAAUGGAUGUCUGUGUUGAUUCCACUUUAAUACUCAAACACUGAAAGGCAUUUCUAUAUUUUUAAUCAUGUUCUAAAGUGCUCUUAUGAGAGACCUGUGGGGCCAUCAGUAUUAGUGAUUCCAUACUGCAGUGCUGGCAUUGCAGAUAUUUUUUUAAACUGGUGCUGCUUUGCCCAAUCAUGUUAAAACUCAGGGGGAUAUAAAAAUAACAUUCACACUGGCUAUCUUAAGAAGGAAAAGACUGAACUGUCCAGCUGUAAUUAGAAGUAAUUGAUGCUUAUGUAGUGCCUUCUUUUGUCCUAUAUGUUUCACAAAGUUCAGCUGCUAGUCUUGAAACUUUUUCUUAGCUUGAUUAUGAUAUGUAAUUUUAUAAGGCAUUCUACUGAGUGAUCAUUGCUUAAAAAUAAGUUUCUUGCUGCCCAUUGUGUUUAUUAGUAGGCAUGGUGGGAUUUUUUCAGUUGUCAUGUACAUUUUCAUUUCCUAUUAUCAAAAUGUAACCUUAGCAGUUUCUCCAAAGGUAAGAGGGCAUCUAGUAUUAAUUGUGGAAGUUUCUCUUACCCUUUACAAAUUGGGCCUGAUUAAAAUAAUUAGCUUGAAUACUUUUCAAAGACAUUCUAAUUAUAAAUCUCACAAUCAGCUAUUUUUUAAACUGAAGUUUUAUUUUAAAGGCAUUCAUCAUAAGUCCUUUGUGAUAAUUAUUUGAGUGAUUAUAAGAUUGCUUUCCAGCAUUAUUUGUUUGGCAGUGUCUUUUCCCCAAAAUUAUUAUUUUUCAGAACACAUUUCCUACUGUUGUUUGACAUGGGAGUUUUGCCUGAAUCACUGUUACAGCUGGUUUUGUUUUGGGGGUUUUUUCUGUUUUGUUUAAACUAUACUGCCUUUCCAAAAAUAGAACAAUGUGAUUUCGUAGAAUAAGAUUGGUUUGUGUUUGAAUAAGAGCAUCCUGUAGAAGCCCUAUUUAAAAUAGGCAUACAUGACUAAGCACAUAAGAUAAUAGCUGUGUCUUGAAUUACCCUCUAAAUAGCCAAAUUUAGUUGUAUGUAUUUGUAAAAGAAAUGGCUUCAGAAGCUCUCUCUUGUUCUCUGUUGAUGUAACUCUUAAGGGCAUUCCCGACCCAAGAGAGGCUUCUUGUGUCUGUAACUGUGGUCUAAUACUCAAAUGUGCCCUUUUCUCAUGGAUACAGUCUCUUGAAGCAUACCUCAGAGUCAUAGAAAGAAUAUGGCAUUUGAUAGAAAUCAUUUGCCUUAGAUCAUAUGAGUUAUUUUGUGAAACAACAGUUGACUUUUCAGAAAGGGGGCAACUACUUUUAUAUGCUAAAGUAUUUCAUAACUUUCUGGGAAACCUUAUUUAGGUAUAAAUGGUCAUCUUAUUAUUUUUCAGAAAGGUAUAUUUUAAUAAUCUUACAAUUUAUAUACAAUUUGUGACUAGAAUUUGAAAGUUGUUAGUGUCGUAUCAAGGAUCUUUUUAAUUAUACCACUACAAGCUGUAUCAUUUCAAGUUUAUUUUGCACAGCUAAAGAGUAGCAAAAGAUGCCAAUUAGCAUGACACUGGUGUCUUUAUAUUUACUAUAUUUAACUGAAAUAUAACACAUGUUGAAAACCAUAUCAUACUUACCUGGUUUAUCCUAAUUUCAAAUUAUGUACUUGUAAAAAUAACAUAAAACUGCAUUGGGAAACUGAAAAAGACUGACUUGUAACUUAAUUUUUUUGUGUGAUUUUCGGAUUUGUCUUUUUUUUAAGAAGAAGAAGAAAUUUUUAUGGUCUAAACCCUGCCAUUUAAUGUUUUAUCUCCACCAGCAUCAGAAGGAAUCACUGCUUUAAGGGUGUUAUGUGAUGUGUAGUGCCUUCUAUUACAGUGAAGAAGAAGUUUUGUGAAGGCAUUUACAGUCAUUACUGAAAACUGAAUUAAAGGCCUUGGAUUUUAAAACAC